AAUGAAUUAACUGAACCCUUCUUCAUAGAAUAUUCAAUAUAAAAAAGGAAAACACGAAAACAGUUUCGCAGAAAGAGUGCGCUUAUUUGCAUAAUUCCAACACCUAUAUAAUUGUCUGCUUUCUCAUAUCAAUUAAAAUGAUCACAAAUAUAAACACUGAUCAUGUCAUUUGAGAAAACCUCAGUAACUCCGAAAAACUGUGCCGGUACAUCGCCAUUUUGACGACCACUAUAAUCUGUUGAACGUUGCAACGAUUUCAUUUUUUUUUUUUGUUCAAAGCGAGAGAAGAUCGCAUCAAGUCGUAAGCAAUUUCAAUUUCCUCCGUAGUAUCACCUGCCAAACAAGUGUCGGCAUAAACCGUUGUCAGUCACGUUUACCAGCGUAAAGUUAAGGCUUUUUUUCAUAUCUCCUAUUACGUUUUUGAAUUAUUCCAGCGUUCUCGAAUCAAUUGCAAUUAAUUUGCGUCCUAUUGCUUACUCAAACAAACAUACGGACACCUGCUGUUCGUAUACACGGGGGCCUCUUUACUCCAAUAAACAUGACAAGUCCACCUGUCCGCAUAAUUACGUCAUUGCAGCCGGAAAGGCGAAUGAUUUCUCAUUAAAGCGCUUGUUUGGGGGAAUGUGAUUGGGCAGGCUGAACUAUUGUUUUCAUACCAGGAGAUAGACAUUGAAACUUCACAAUCAGGUGUCCGCGAUGUGAAUAAUAUUUCGCAUAGCAACCAACCUUAGAGUCCGAAUAUUUGAUAUCUUUCAAAACAGUUCGAGAAUGAUCCGUUUUAUAUCGCACGCCACAAGGAAAUAUCUCGUGGAACCAGGACGGAAUUGUCUCAACGACUCACUCGGAAAAGGUUGGAUUGCCCUAAUGAACUAAAACGCAGGCUAUUUAGACGCGAAAUCAUUAUUUUGCAACCUGGUGUUUAUAUAGUAACUUGACAUUUAGAGGCUAAUACAGACAAUUUCGCCGCCAGCUACAUGUGUUAACGCUCACAGUCGUGCAAAAUUUCAAUUGAAAAUGGGCGACAAGAGCAAGAUAAAGACGGGAAAUCUCGGAGCGAAUAUCAUGGAGCAAAAGGAGCUUUCGAAACGGCUUGGACGCUUGAAAAGACAAACGGACUACUUCGUUUCUGAGAUAGAGGCAAGGCAAGUUCUACUGGCCAAGAAGUUUUUAAGUCAUCUACAGAGAAGUGCCAAAAUUGCUCAAGAGCAAGAGGCUGUAGUGAGUACUUUCAAGUCAGCACGCUGGAAUCUAGCUUUUGAAAGUCGGCGUUCCGAGCACACCAUGGGAUCCAAAAGAAAUUCCAAGAAAAGUGACGAAUUGCAGAACAGCGCCGCGCACGACGAGCGCGCUGAGAAAAACCCCUCGCGCGUUCUAAAACGGAUGAGUCAGCAAUUUGAAGUGCCUUACAAAAAGAUGUACUCUUUCAAGACAAGCGAGUUUGGGAGACCAGUCACUGUUCUGGACAUGCGUUGCAAAAUGUGGCAACGAAUUUCGUUCUGCGCGGAUAAAAAAGAAAGAGUGAAGAGCGCCCCUCCGUGGACUGAAAACUAUAAGGCUCCGAGGCAAAUAGAGAUCGCUCACUAUCGAGCUUUAAACUACAUAGGCAUGAAAACAAAUCUUGUAAAUCCUCCGAGUAGACAACCGCAAAUUGAUCAAGAAGCUUUGAAGAGUUAUCGAAACCACGAGACCGAAGUUGAAAGAAAGGUUGUUGCGCAGUUCAACGAGAGCCUAGAGCCAUACAAGAUUAGGCCCGGACCAAAACAAAUCGUUUAUGACGUUAACACACUUUAUGGAGAGUUAGCCAAGAUUAACAGAAAAACAAGGAAGUGAUUAUGUUUCUAAGGAAAAUCUCAGCUUACUUUUGUCAGCAAAUAUAUACAGUUAGAGUUAUUUACUUCUAAAUGAAGUGCGAAAAUAUCAAACCACCCGUUUUUUGUUUUCUUUUUUGUUUUGUUUUUUUGCAAAACACGAAAUAUUGACGACACACCUUCAACCUACAGGUAAAUGGACUGCAUUAUUGCAUGUCUACUUUUGUAAUCCUCAGAGGAAAAAAUUAAACUACUUUUACCCUU